AAAUAAUUUCUCAUAGUGGGCACCAAAUAUUUCUUCAGUCCUUUCCGGACGCUGCGGAAAUGGACAGUACGUACGCCGCUCUCCUCGAGAAAACUCGCUUGCCCCAGCCUUCCUUUCAGCGUUUCGCCGUCGUCUCCCUCUUCCGCCGCCUCGAGUCAUCCCUCGGAGUCCUUGGCCCAAACUCCGCUGUAUGUCACGAUGCCAUCUCUCAGUGCCUCCGCUCCCCUUUUGCUGCCGUCGUCGAUCAGGCCGUUCACGAGCUCUGUCGUCUUGUCGCCGUCGGCGAUCGCCUUUCCAUUUCUGUCGCGCUUAUCGAGAUGCAGUCUGCCCUAGAGGGAUGCGAGAAGCGUUUCGCCCCCGUCUUUGUGAAGGGGAUUGGCUUCCUCUGCCGCUUCGCUUUCUGCAUUGAUUCUUCCUGGGGCCGUCGUUUUGAGCUCGUAGACCUACACCCAUUUGUCAAGGUUCUUUCUUGCUGCAAGGAAUCACAUGAAGAGCUUAUUGAACAAGUUUUGUUGUUCAUUGUUCGUAACAAAUAUCUUGGAAUUAAUGAGGUUGUGAGGUUCUUGAGGCCAUUUAUUGUGUUUUCUAUGAUUUGGAAGUCUUCUUCUGCUUGUGUAUAUUUCUUUUCGAGGAACUUGAUAUCAGCUAUUGCAUCACUGUCAUGUUCAUUUCCAUUGGAAGCAAUCAGCAUUUUGAAGCUCCUCACAGAUUGCUUGAAGUACUUGCCUUUAACAAACCAAGAGGAAUUUCUGUACAUUGUAACUUCUGCUGAACAAAUUGUGGAUGCUUUUGUUGUCGUCUUGCAACAAACAGUUGGCAUUGAGAAGGAUGUGGCAACUGAUGCUCGAAAGUGUAGUGUAGAGGUUUUGUGCAUGCUUCUAUCGAUUUGUGCUUCCUUCCAUAGAAAAGCUCUGGUACAAGUUGAGCCUGUUAUUGAGAUCUCAAGGCAUUUGCUGGUGGCCCAAAAGGAGCUUGGACUGUGCUAUGCUUUUGAAUUUGUGAAUGUAGUUGUCUCUGCUUCUGUAAUCCUCGCUCAGGUGGAGUUUGAACAUGAUCAACUUUCUGUUCUAAAGCUUCUAAUACUUCUAAUGGAAUGGAAAACAGAAGAGUUGAGUACCAAAAGAGCUUCAUGCUCUCUCGGUGAAGAGCUUCUCAUAGUUUUCCCUGUUAUCAACCUUUUAUCGUCUCCAUCUAAGCCUGUUAGAGCAGCGGUCACUCAUUUGCUUUCACUAGCUGAAAGUUUUGUUUUAAAUUUCAUGAGUGUUUUGAAAAAAACAGAAGUUUCUUUCACCGACUGCCCCAUUCUGAUUGAAGCGGAGACUAUUCCUUUGAGGCUUCUCCAUCAUCUUUUCACUCAGGGCCAACAAUUGCCAUAUAGUUCCUAUUUCUUUUUGUUUACUAGUGAUAAGAUCACUUGUGACAAUGAAAAAUACUGUGGACCAUUAUACUGGACGUCAUGGUUAAGGGAGCAUCUAUUAACUAUUGAGAGGGAGAAAACUACAUUUCCUCAAUCAUCAGAAAGCCAUUAUGAAGGGGUGAAUAUAUUGCUAGGCUCAAUAGCUUACAGUUUAGUUAUAUCUCCUGCUUUUGACACAUCUGCAGUUGAUCCCCUCGUUGCCCUUGGUGUUCAGAACCCUAAACUGGGCAUGACAAUGUUUCAAGCUGCUCUCUUCUAUAUUAAUAUUCUAUUGAAAUUUGAGAGAAAUUCUUCAAAAAUACUUCUCAAUCUUCUGGAAGUGCUUCCAUCUCUGGCUUCUAACUCUGCCAUGGUGAAAAUUAUUGUGCAGACAAUUUUACCUAUGCUUCAUAAAAAUGCAAAACUAUCACUGCAUGCUGUGGCCAUUCGUUUGCUUUGUAAGACUUGGGUCGUUUCUGAUAGGGUAUUUCAGCACUUGCAAGGUGUUCUGAGUCCAAAGACAUUAUCAAAUUUUGAGAGUGUCAGGGAGAUUUGUGUUAGUGUAGCUGCUUCAGUUCGUGAUGUUUGCAAGGACAAUCCGGACAGGGGUGUUGACCUCAUACUUUCUGUGUCGUCAUGCAUUGAGAGUGAUGAUUCCGCUGUGAAAGCUCUUGGCCUGCACAGUCUUUCUUCGCUCUGUGAAGCUGAUGUUGUUGAUUUCUAUACAGCAUGGGAAGUUGUUGCAAAACAUGUCAACACUUACACUGAAGAACCUGUUGUUGCAGCUAGCUUGGUCACUCUAUUGCGAUGGGGUGCAUUGGAUGUGGAAACUUAUCCUGAUAUUGCUAGGAUUAUUAUGCUAAUAUUAUGGGAAGUUGGAACGUUGAGGAGUUAUUCUUCUGGGUGCUUGUGGGUGAAAGCAAGAACAAUUGCAUUCCAGUCCAUGAUGCAUUAUGAGAUUGUUAAGUUUCAGGAAAUUAUUCCUGAAUUUAAGGAAAAGAUUUUGCAAUGCCUUCUUAAUGAGUGUAAUGCUGAAGUUCUUGAGGCAAUGGAGGAAUUUGAAAUCAAGAUAAUCAAUUUUGAGCACACAAACCGGCGCAGAGCACUCAAAGAGAGAAGACCUUUGGGGUACAAAGUUGCAAAAUUGCUGGAUGUUUUUCCUCAGGCUUUGUUCUCACCAGGAAAUCUUAAUGUAAAUGCAAUAGAGUUUCCUGGUGCUGCUCUGUUAUCUUAUGUUUUCACCCCCAAAGAACUGCAGGGCUCAUCAAAUGACGUCCCAAGAAUUCAUGCAUUAUUUGAGAAGGCACUAAUAGAAAUAGCUGAAUCACUUCCGCUAUCAAGAAAUAUAUUAAUUGCACUUCUUACACUAGAGUCAUGGAAAGCAUUUAUUCAACAAUGGAUCAAGGCUUUGGUGGCAUCUUCUGAUGUAAAAAGUUCAUCAAGUGAGUUGGAUAACGAAUUGCAGAGUGCUGGUGACAUACUGAAGAUAUGUCGUAAAGUUGCUGAGGAGGCAGUCCCUCAAGUUUCUAUAAACGCAGCUUUGGCAAUUGGUGCACUCUGUUUG